ACAUUACCAACAGAAAACGCAAUAAGUUGUACAUUUGCGACUCCUCAGUCUUCACAGUGAUGGUGACUUGUUCUUCAUAUAUUUUAUAGUUGUCCCAGAAAUAAUGGAACUACUCAUUUUCGAUUACCUAACGAAAACUUUGGUAUAUUCAAGCAUAUUGGCCACCUUUAUAUACCUAUAUUUCUCAUGGUGCUACGGUCAUUGGAAAAGAAGAAACUUCCCGUUUUUAAAGCCAAAUUUUCCCAAGGGAAACAAUCCGACAUACCUCGCCAGGUUUCCAGGUCCACACUUGGAAUGCAGAGACCAUUAUCUUGAGAUUCGCAAACGAGGUCUUAAAUUUGCUGGGAUAUUUUCCGUUAUACAUCCAAUACUAGUUGUGGUGGACCCCGUAAUAAUUAAGGAUAUUCUAGUUAAGGACUUCGAACAUUUUGUUGACCGUGGAUUCUACUCUUCUGAAAAUGAUCCUCUAUCGGUUAGUUUACUUUCUAUGGGUGGAGACAAAUGGAAGAAUUCCAGGGGAAAACUAACGAACUUUUUUACCAUUGGAAAGGUGAAGAUGCUCAUUCCUUUAAUGGUCGGGUCUGCCAAACCAAUGGUUAGAUCAAUUGGAGAGUGUGCUUUAAACAAUACAGAUUCAAAUAUCACGCUGCUGACAAAAAGAUAUGCAGCAGAGACCGUUGGUACUUGCUUUUUGGGAAUAGAUUGCAACAACUUUGGAGAUGCUGAAGACACUUUUGCAAACAUGGUUGGGAAGUUUUUCCGGGAUCAAAAUUUCACACACCUUUUGAGGGUCUCGUGUACAAACAGAUUUCCAGCAUUGAGCAGAAAAGUUGGACUGAAACUAAUUUUGAGUGAAGUUUCCGAAUUUUUCAAAAGUGCUGUGAGGGAUACUUUGAAGUACAGAGAAGAACACAAUUAUUUCCGUCCAGAUGUUCUGCAACUUCUCAUUAACCUCAAAAAAGAAAUGGAAAACACCUCAGACCCCAUAACUGAGGAGCAAGUGGCAGCGCAUAUUUUUUCAUUUUUCGUAGCUGGCAUCGACACAAUAGCUGACCUGAUAUCCUUCACUUUGUACGAAUUGUGCCGAAACCCGGACAUACAGGAAAGGGUGAGAGAAGAAAUAAUGGAUAUUAUGAAGAAGCACAAGAACGAGUUUACUCCAGAAUGUUUGAAUGACAUGAAAUAUUUACGACAAGUAAUCAGUGAAACUCUCAGGAUUUAUCCCGGGCUUCCAAGUUUGGAAAGGGAAUGCGUGAAAGACUACAAAAUCAAUGGUACCAACCUAACCAUUGAGAAGGGAACCACCGUUUGGAUUUCAAUCAUGGGUAUCCACCGAGACCCAGAAUACCAUACGGACCCAGAAAAAUUCGACCCAGAUCGAUUCAUCGAAGAUAGCGCAAAAUCAUACUCUCAAUUCUAUUUUCCCUUCGGACUCGGACCUAGAAUGUGCAUAGGAGUUCGUUUUGGACUGACGGUAGCACAAAUAGGACUUAUCAAAAUACUGAGGGAGCACAGGAUGUCUCUCAGUGAUGAAACUUGUACACCUUUAAAACUGAACAAACAAUCGUUUUUGUUGGAAACCCUGGAACCUUUGUUAAUGAGAGCUGAAAAAAUAUAGAUAUUUUAACAAAAAA